AUGGGUGACUAUGGUCGUAGUCGUACCUCAACUGCAUCGUCAGUUAAGCCCGUGCUGCCAGCGCCUAGUCCUGCACAAUUGGCUUUAAGGGCUCCUGAACCUCCGAUGAAAAUCACGCAAACAGUUGAUAAUGAACGGAAUUCUACAACCCAACCACCAUCAUCAUACGUUAUUCCACCUGUUCUCCCUUCCAAAUCACCAGCAGCUAGCUCAUCACACCCAUUACCACAACCUCCAACUUCAACAUAUACAUUCGAUGGCACAAGUAGCAAAAGUAGUAUUAGUAGUAGUAGUGGCAGUCCGAGGUCGAGUGUGACAUCAAAAUCAACAGCACCACUACCUGCUCCUCCACUACCACCGAAAGGAUCGCGACUGAGUGUAUCCAUACCUGGAAAUGAAUCCCCACAACAACAGCAGACGAAGGUUGACCAGCGUCCCGCUAAAGCAUUACCAGUGCCACCACCAGUUACAAAAGAUAGACGAGGAGGGCCGGAUUUGGCUAUUAGUAAAGGUGGUGCUGCUAAAUAUGGGCUUACGGCUGAUUCCAUGCACAUGAGAUCACCAGAGGUCAACACUUUCUUUGAAGCAACUAUGAGCAUUCCCGCCAUUCCGGUUAUAACAACAGAGUCACCAAAAACUCCAAGUGUUGAAACGUACUACACAUCCCCACCCGCUUCUUUCUCAGAGAGUAUACUAGAAACUCCAACCGACAUGGAACAACCGCAAGGACCAGCUCCAACUCCCCCAACAAGAGCUAAACCCACUCCCAAACGAAACAACUCUCAUCCUCCACUGUCACCUACGAAUCCCAAUUUGGAACGACUUCCUUCGCCUCAACGCCAUAAUACUCUAGGGCGAGCCAAAUCCCUGGUUCGACCUGAGCGACAUCCUACCAUUCAACGAGGAAUGCCACGUGAACCCACAGCAACACAUCAAAGGACGACGAGAAUGCUUAAACCAGAAUCCGAUGAUAGGCCGUCAUGGUGGCGUGUCAUGUCUUGGGUACUUACAUGUUGGGCGAUUCCACCACUAAUACACUACCUAGAGAUUGGUAAAAAGGUCGAAAGGCAUGAAUGGCAUCGUGGAGUGGGUGAUAUUCCGCCUCCCAAAGGUCAAAAACGAAACAUUGGCCACAACAAGUACAUCAUAUCCGAAAACGAUGAACCAAUACUCGACAAGGAAGGCAAACCAGUAUUGAAUGAACAGGGAAUGCCUACAUUCAAGGAAGGCAAAGUGUAUGAAGUCACUAUAGCUUGGAGUGGUGAAGUCAUUCAAGCAUGGAGGGAAAAAGUGGCUCUCUGUACCAUUGUGUUCUUAUUGUGUACCGUUUUGGCUUUCAUCACUUUCGGACUACAGACUGCUAUAUGUCCUGCCAGAGCAGUACUGACGUAUGCUCAAGUAGUUGGUGACGAUGGAUAUACCGCACAACCAUACGUGUACAAUAUUCGAGGAACAGUCUACGACUUUACCAAAUACUUGUCAAAUUCCCAUCCAGCUCCUAUAUCCAGUAGUAUUGCUAGCUCGACUGCUGGUUAUGAUAUAUCUAGUCUAUUUCCAGCACCAGGAACGUCAUGCCAGAGUAUCCUGAAGACUACCUUCCCGAACUUUACAUGUAGUGAUGCAACAGGCACAUUAACCAACUGUCAUACAUGGUCUGGAUAUCAAAAAAUUAUUGCUAGUGCUUCGUGGCAAGGAAGCAGUACCGAGCCCAAAAUCCUUGGGUAUAUCUUAUACGAUUGGUUAGAUAUGCUCCGUCCAGGAAACCAAAACUUGAUGGUAUACUCAAACUAUAUGCUAGAUAUGAGCAAGUACAAUGCUGCAGGUGUACCAUUCUUGGGUGCCGGUGUCGAUGCGGCCAUACAACGAAGUCUGAAUCUCGACUCUUCCAAGUAUCUCGCCAACUACCCUGGCGCUGGAGCCUGUCUCACUGAACUGUUUAUGGUUGGAUACAUCAACACUAUGUCUAUUGGAUGUGUCACCCUCCAAAUCUUCCUCUACAUAUCUCUUGUCAUUAUACUGGCUUUGGUUGCAGUCAAGUUCAUGUUGGCUUUAUACUUUGGAUGGUUUAUGUCACGUAAACUUGGAAUGUUGCAGAAACGAAAGGGACCCUCGGUAAUAGGACCAUCGGAUCUACGUAUGGGUAUUCAACACGUCAAAAGGGAUGGCAAGAUUCAAGGUGGACAACGAAUUGGUGGCGGCUAUGACACGAGUACGGUUCCCACACCUAUGCCCUAUGAAAAGAAUUUACCAGUGGGCAAUGUGCGAGAAUCGAUGGCAUCAAAUUCAGGUGUCUCGUCCUUUUCAGAUGUCGAUUCGGACGUUGUCGGCUACUACGGGGACGAUUUAUACACAGUUCUUAUGGUAGCCUGUUACUCCGAAGGCGAAGAAGGUCUAAGAACAACCAUGAAUUCAUUGGCAUCUACGAUUUACCCGGACAAAAACAAGAUGAUUCUAGUUGUAGCUGACGGACUUGUCAAGGGAUCAGGAAACGACAAGACAACACCAGAUAUAGUUAUCGACAUGGUUGAAAUGGAUCCAGAAUUCGCUCUACCACCUGUACCAUUAUCCUAUUUGGCUAUCGCAGACGGAGCUAAACGACACAACAAGGCUCAGAUAUAUGCUGGUUGGUAUGUUUACGAGGGACACCGAGUCGCAACAAUGAUUAUAGUAAAGUGUGGUACUGCCGAAGAAAAGGGUACGGCCAAACCUGGUAAUCGUGGAAAACGAGAUUCCCAACUUAUCGUCAUGAAUUACUUCCGACACGCCUUUUUUGAUGAUCCUAUACCACCCUUGGAAUAUGAUUUCGCUGCUAAAAUGACGUAUCUGACUGGCGCCACACCCGACAAAUUUGAAAUUAUUCUCAUGGUGGAUGCCGAUACCAAAGUUGCUCCUGAUUCCCUAUCUCGUAUGGUUGCAGUCAUGGCAUCUGAUCCAACAGUCAUGGGUCUUUGUGGAGAAACACGUAUUAUGAACAAGGCCGAAUCGUGGGUUUCUCGAAUUCAAGUAUUUGAGUACUACUUGUCACAUCACCUCAACAAGGCGUUUGAAAGUGUGUUUGGUGAAGUCACUUGCCUGCCCGGAUGUUUCUGCAUGUACCGUAUCAAGGCUCCUAAAGGUGAUACGUGGGUCCCGGUCCUCAUCAACCCAGAUAUCGUCGAAGUCUAUUCCGAGAACAUUGUCGACACACUGCACAAGAAGAAUCUAUUGCUACUAGGAGAGGACCGAUUCUUGACUACUCUAAUGUUACGUGCCUUCCCAACCCGCAAACUUAUGUUCGUGCCUCGAGCAUAUUGCAAAACUACUGUUCCUGCUGAGUUUAAGGUGCUCCUCAGUCAACGUCGCCGAUGGAUUAAUAGUACGAUUCACAACUUGCUCGAGUUGGUACUUGUUCGUGAAUUGUGUGGAACAUUCUGCUUUUCCAUGCAAGCUGUUAUCUUGUUGGAAUUGAUUGGUACUGUUACUCUUCCUGCUGCCAUCACAUUCACAACGGUGUUACUACUCGAAACAGCCUUCAGCUCGCUCACCAGCACAGCAGUGCAAUGGAUUCCACUCAUGCUACUCGGUGCCAUCUUAGGUCUUCCCGCCUUUUUGAUUCUUUUCACUUCCAAACGAUGGGCUUAUGUCUACUGGAUGGGCGUCUACCUCCUUUCUCUCCACGUAUGGAAUUUAGUCCUCCCAACUUACGCAUUCUGGCAUUUCGACGACUUUUCAUGGGGCCAAACACGUCAAGUAGCAGGCGAAAAAGCCGGUACUGGAGGUCAUGGUGGCGAGGGAGGCGCUUUUGACGAUGCAGGAGUCCAACACAAGUUAUGGAUUGAAUGGGAGAUUGAAAGUCGCCGAAACUCUAAAAAGAGAGGCAAUAAGCAACUGCUACCCGGUACGCCACUAUCGACCGCCAAGACAACAGCAUCAAAUAGUCGCGGUGUCAGUCUUGACAUAUCUCGCAGUCUUUCACGUCGCGAAGUCCAUCAUCUCGACUUUGGUUCCCACAUGGCCAUGUCCGCACACCCAGCCCCUGGAACCCCACUAUCAAGUCGAUACCCACCACCACCAGUCUAUGCCGCAUCACCAGCCUCACUCCGACAAUCAUCACCCAAAGUCGCACCCCAAGUCUUCAACAACAAUAGCAGCAGCGGAUACCCAGCAAACUCGUACGAGUCAGCCGGCAGAUCACGGACUACAUCAUCACCACUAUCAGGAAACAGGAUAAUAACACCGCAUAAUAGUGCAUCACCAGCAUCCAACAGCCUUAUGCAACAAUCACUAUCGAGACGCAAGUCAUCUUCUGUUGCACGACAAUUGUUUGUUGAUAACAAUGGAACGAAUUCGACCGCAUUCGUGUUGCCACCACCGAUUGCAGGACCAUCACCAGCUGCGCGAUCUAAUAGUGAGAUCAACAAUACUGCUGAUGUUGACAAUGGUGGUGAUGAUGUGGUUUACGUCGGUGUCCUUCCUGUUACCCUGCAACGCAACCGAGUUAUUCGAGCACAGACAGUUACACGAUCCGCUACGCUUUCAAGGCAAAACCAAAAUAAUAUCAGCAACGACACUAACAACAGUGGAAAAGAUGUUUAA